CUUUUAAAUUUAUUUAUGGAAUUGGAUCUACAAGAAUAGAAAAUAUUAGAACUCAUUUAUCACAAGAAGAUAUUAAAGCUAGAAUUCAUAAAUCUGCUGAAAAAUUAAGUAAUGUUACAAUACCUUUUUCUACAAUUAUAAAAAUAAUUAGUUUUAUUUUAAGUUAUACUAAUAAAUGGGGACUUCCAUCACCAG